CCAUCGGUAACAUGAGCGGUGACAAGAUUGCCGCAGAAACGAACGAUGUCGAAGUCAAGGCGCAGACCCAUGGUGAAUACCAGUAUCUCAACCUCUUGAGGGAUAUAUUGGAAAAUGGAAAGCGCAAAAGCGACAGGACCGGAACAGGGACACUGUCGGUGUUUGGCCGUCAGUGCAGAUAUUCCCUCGCAAAUGGCACGAUGCCACUUCUCACCACCAAACGGGUAUUCUGGCGUGGGGUGGUUGAGGAGUUGCUUUGGUUUCUAAGGGGGUCUACUGAUGCCAACGAGCUCUCAAAGAAUGGCGUGCAUAUUUGGGACGGCAAUGGCUCCAGGCAGUUCUUGGACAGCCUUGGCUUCACUGAGCGAGAGGAAGGCGACCUUGGUCCAGUAUAUGGAUUUCAGUGGAGACAUUUUGGUGCUCUGUACAGAGAUAUGAGAACUGACUAUGGAAGAGAAGGUGUGGACCAAAUUACAAACCUCAUCAGCACCAUCAAGGACAAUCCAGAUGAUCGCAGAAUGAUUCUUUGUUCUUGGAACCCAGCAGAUCUGAGCAAGAUGGCACUGCCUCCGUGCCAUUGCCUAGCGCAGUUCUACGUCAGUGAGGACGAGCUGUCUUGUCAACUCUAUCAGCGCUCGGCUGAUGUGGGAUUGGGCGUGCCAUUUAACAUUGCCAGUUAUGCUCUGCUCACGCACAUGAUGGCCAAAGUGACAGGAAAGCGGGCCAGCGAGUUUGUGCACACACUUGGUGAUGCACACAUCUAUCUCAACCAUGUUGACGCCCUCAAGAAACAGCUUGAACGAGAGCCACGACCUUUCCCAAAGCUUCUGAUCAAGCGUGACGUAACCGACAUCUUUGAUUUCAAGUCUUCAGAUUUUGAGCUUUGCGACUACAACCCCCAUCCAGCAAUCAAGAUGGAAAUGUCGGUGUAGAGUUUGCUGUGGCGGUUAUAAUUUUUGGGCUUACAGUCAACGUCAGAUUUUUUGUACUCCCUAGAGGCCGCGAAAACACCCGAAAAGUCGAGCCGUCCGAAAAAAUGAAUGUGGGCCGUUUACGGCUCAGAAGGGCACCAAAUGCCACAGGCACGUCCGAAAUAGCUCAAAAGGCCUGCCAGUACACUUUAGGGGUAUCGGUGCUCGUACUGUAAUAGAAGACGGCGUGUACACGCGUAUAUAAUUAAGGAAUACAUAGUCUUCCCUGCCAAUUGCCCCUUCCCACUCGUGGUAUCCUUCACCGCAAUACUUCGCACAUGCUACACUGCGUAACAUUGCUGUAUUGAGGCGAAGCCGACUUUUGAAAACCAGCCUUGUGCAACGCUUUGUGCUUUUUGAGCUUCGAAGCCAUUGGCGAGGAUUAAAAAGGCGGAGUCGGCCCUAUUGCUAACAGCGGCGAAUUGUUUCAAUGAAAAACACGGCACUGAACAGCAAGAAGCUUGGUAGCAAACGUCGAAGUAGCUGCAAAAUUGCGCCAGUGGUGGCUUUAAUUAAUGCCGUUUCUGACCUGCAGUCAUGACAAAAGGGCUGAAAAAUCGGAUGGCAAAGGUUUCUUGGGUCUGCGAAGGUGUCCGAAAAAUCAGGUGUUGACUGUACAAGGCUUUUGCUGUCUUUUUCUUUCUUGUCUCCGAGGAAAACAGCUUUUAUUUAAGCGUUGCCAAUGUUUUUGUGAUAUUUAUUCACAAUUUGUGACCACCAUUCACAACUUCCAUAGUGUACAUAUGCACUUCUACAUGUCCAUGUCUUGAUAAAUAGCUGUACUUCAAAAUGGCAUGUUUGGUGCCCAUUUUAUUUUAGUGUUAUUGGGGCAUUGCGAUUACAGCAUUUAUUUUUUGAAGAACAAUGGCAGUAUCAUUUAACAUGGGGACGUAGAAACAGUGGACUUUAAUUUCACAGGUUCUUUUUUGUGCGAUAUCUGUAGACUCCUCUGUGUAUCUCUUUCAUCACCUAUGUAUUGGCUAGUCUUUCCUAAAACAACUGAAUUAUUAUUUUCACUAUUAUAAUAAUGGAGCACUGCAGUUGUCAUGACUGAAUCACUGGAGGUCAGGUUUACCAUUGUGUUAACCAUGUGAUUUAAUACCACUGUGCAUAUUUUUUCUUGCCCCCAUAUGUUCAUGCUACGUUCAACUUCCCUUUGCUCUCCUGGGCUUUCGGACUUGAUGUAAUUAUUCUUUGGGUCAAAUUAAAAGAGGCAGACAAGAAGUCUACGAACCCGGUUUCAGUUUCAUACCUGGGUGUAACUUGCAGGCAACUUUUGCACCUAUUUUCUUGGAAGGUAUAUGCUACAGUUAGGUUAAACACAGCAAUUUAUUGUGAGCUGUUGUUCUCACCUGAAACUUGGCCAAGGACAAGCUGGGAAUAGGCGAUUUCGGGAGGAGAUGGUGUGUCAACACAUUACUGUUUCUUCUUGCCUUCAAAGCAGAUGUUAUUGGGGUCAGGUGUAUGCAUGCUUAGUAAGUCAAGUUCAAGUUACCUGGCAAAGGUCAAAGCAGCAAGUCUUGGCCCAGCCAGGACCUUUGGUCUGAAUGGAAUUUGAGACCAACGACAAUAUUUGACUUUGGCUAAAUUAGUUAAAACUGAGUAGUAUGUACUAUUGAAACAGCUGUGGCAAAGCUGCAGGGCUGGUAAUUGUCUUCCUUAUUAACAGCCCUAAAUAGCACUCAUUUCCAGCGAGUGGCAAUGGCAAAGCCUUUCGCCAGUUUUGGUGUCGGGUACGCCUGUUUCUGCAAGCUUCCACUUGUAUUUAAAAUGUAGGGCUUUGCACAAGCGCUGCUCCAUAUCCAUUCUAAAGCGAUGCAUUUUAUGCCAUGCAAAAUUUAAUUGUAGUUGCCCUCUCAUCAAAAAAUUUCAUUAAAUGCAAUCAAAUUAGUAGUCUACAGUUUCUCUUGUGUGCAUUACAUGCAAUUACGUAUACUUGCAUUUAUUUUGCUGAAUGAAUCACUUAACUGUUUAUUCCAGUCUUUCACGAUUUAUCACAUGGUGGCCAUGUAUAUAAAGGCAUAAAUUGACUCGGCUAGCUGUUUGGGCGAGGUGGUUGUACCUCUUGCAAGUAUGCUAGCAACAGCAUGCACCCAUUCUGUUGUUCAGUGUUGAAAACCAAAGAAAAAUAAAGCAACUCAAGUUGGAA